AUGCCGGCCCUCCUGCUGCUCGGGACCCUCCUGCUCCUGGCCCCCGCCGACCGGGCCGGGGCGCGCCCGUCCAACGCCACGGGCGCCGCGCCCGGCCCGCUGCCCGCCCUGCUGGCGCACCUGCGGCGCCUGACCGGGGCGCUGGCGGGCGGCGGGGGCGCCGCGGGCGGGGGCGCCAACGGCACGCGGAGCGGCGGCGCGGGCGGGGCGGGCGCCGCGGCCCGGGCGCCGCCGCCGGCCGAGCUGUGCCACGGCUACUACGACGUGAUGGGCCAGUACGACGCCACCUUCAACUGCAGCACCGGCUCCUACCGCUUCUGCUGCGGCACGUGCCACUACCGCUUCUGCUGCGAGCACCGCCACAUGCGCCUGGCGCAGGCCUCCUGCUCCAACUACGACACGCCCCGCUGGGCCACCACGCCGCCGCCGCUGGCCGGGGGCGCCGCGGGCGCCGGGGGCGCGGGCGGGGGGCUCGGGCCCGGCCAGGCCGGGUGGCUGGAGGGCGGCCGGGCGGGGGGCGCCGGGGGGCGCGGGGGCGAGGGCCCCGGGGGCAGCACGGCCUACGUGGUGUGCGGGGUCAUCAGCUUCGCCCUUGCUGUGGGCGUCGGCGCCAAGGUGGCCUUCAGCAAGGCGUCCCGGGCGCCCCGGGCGCCCCGGGAGAUCAGCGUGCCCAGGGCUCUGGUGGACAUCCUGCGGCAUCAGACAGGGCCUGGGGCCCGGCCCGACAGGACGCGGAGCAGCUCCCUGACCCCAGGGCUCGGGGGCUCGGACAGCAUGCCGCCCAGGACACCCAAGAGCCUCUACAACACCGUGAAGCCCUCCAACCUCGACUGGCGGGCCGUGCCGCCCCCCAGCCCCUCGCUGCACUACUCCACGCUGUCCUGCUCGCGGUCCUUCCACAACCUCUCACACCUGCCGCCGUCCUACGAGGCCGCCGUGAAGUCUGAGCUCAACCGCUACUCCUCGCUCAAGAGGCUGGCGGAGAAGGACCUGGACGAGGCGUACCUGAAGCGCCGGCACCUGGAGCUGCCCCGCGGGACGCUGCCCCUGCACGCGCUGCGGCGCCCCGGCACCGGCGGCUACCGCCUGGAGGGCUGGGGGGGGCCCGAGGAGCUGGGCCUGGCGCCUGCACCCAACCCGCGGCGGGUCAUGUCCCAGGAGCACCUGCUGGGCGACGGGGGCCGCGGGCGCUACGAGUUCACGCUGCCGCGCGCGCGCCUGGUGUCCCAGGAGCACCUGCUGCUGUCCUCGCCCGAGGCCCUGCGCCAGAGCCGCGAGCACCUGCUGUCGCCCCCGCGCAGCCCUGCGCUGCCCCCCGAGCCCGCCGGGCGUGCCGGCCUGGCCGCCUCCCACUCCAACCUGCUGCUGGGGCCCGGGGGGCCCCCCACGCCGCUGCACGGGCUGCCGCCACCGCCCGGCCUGCACGCGCACCACCACCACGGCCUGCACGGCUCCCCGCAGCCCGCCUGGAUGGCCGACGCCGGUGGCGGGGGCACGCUGGCCCGCAGGCCGCCCUUCCAGCGCCAGGGCACGCUGGAGCAGCUGCAGUUCAUCCCCGGCCACCACCUGCCCCAGCACCUGCGCACCGCCAGCAAGAACGAGGUGACUGUCUGA